UGGUAUUAAACUGGUUAAGGUUAGUGUUAGGGAAUGCAUUAUUUCACGUGAAGUACUCACAACACAGUGAAAGCCAGACAGUGUGUGUGUGUGUAUGUGUGUGUGUGCGCGCGCGUUUGUUUUUGUGAAGGAUGGAGACAGAGAGAGAGAGAGAGAGAGAGAGAGAGAUGAAGUGGAAUCUCUAACUUAAAUCAACUAACUCGGUUGCAGCAGUGGCUGCAGCUUUGUUUUCUCAGCUCGGAGGAGGGAAGUUCUCCCGUCCACGCCGUCGCUUGAAUGUAAAUGGGACAAACCGGGACAGAGUGAGGCUGCGUUAAUAACAACCUCAUCUUUGGACGGGACACUUUCUUUGUCUGUCUUUGGCACUAGCGCUUCUCCAUUUGCAAGAAAACAAAUCCUUCCCCCUCUCUUCUUUAAAGGCUCAUACAGGUGACCAGGCAGUCGAACUUCCUUCUCCACCACUGAGGCGCACACUGUUCUGACGCCGCGGUGCAGGGAGAGCCGCAGCUCCUCUGCUCCGGACGUGCCCUUUGGUUGGCGCUGCUGCGCAAACGUAGCCACAUAUGACGCAUGUGCUGUUUUUGUCUGGAGUGACUUCAAGUUCCAUCCAGGGUGAAGUUGCGCGUCGGUGUGUAGAGUCACGAAGAGCCAGGAUUGGUGCAGAAGUUGGGAAAAUAUUGAUGAUGAUGAUGAUGGUGAUGAUGAUGAUGAUGAUGCUGAGAGUUGGCAGCGCAAACGAGGAGAAAAGAGGUGACAGCGGCGUCCAGUUGGCUGUGAGCGGCUGAAUUCUCCAGCAGCGUCAUCUCCUCCUCCGUGUUUGGAUCAGAACUGCAGGAGAGCCUUCCUGCCCCUCUGCCUCUCACUCCUCAUCUUCACACCACCCUGACUGUCAGCCUCUGCCUGUGAACGCUGCGUAAACUUAUCCAGAUCUGGUGACAUUGGUCCCAGUGUGUGCAGGUGUGUGUGUGUGUGUGUGUGUGUGUGUGUGCGCGCAGCCUGGAUGGAUAUGCGGCUCACAGAGGGAAUUUGAAGAGCACCGGAGGGAUUACUAUUAGCCCCUCUUCUAUUAUUGCCUCAAAAUGGAUGCCGACAACAGGCUGGGGAGACGCCACUGGAUUAGCUUCUCUUGCGCGGAUCAGCUUGACAUCUAAAGGCGUGCAAAGUUUGGAUAAUCUGACAGGCUAAAAGGUGUAGGAUGCAGUCUGGAGUGAAGACGCUCUCCGCAGGUGGAGGUGCGUCACUCUGCUGCCUGCUGCUCCUCUGGCUCAUCUACUCCCAUCUGCUCAGAGAGGGCCAGUUGGUGGUGGGAACCUGUGAGAUCGUGAUGCUCAACAGAGACAGCAGCGUUCCCAGGCGCACCAUCGCCAGGCAGACGGCCCGCUGCGCCUGCAGGAGAGGCCAGAUCGCCGGGACUACAAGGGCAAGGCCGGCUUGUGUGGAUGCCCGGAUCGUUCGCAGCCGUCAGUGGUGUGAGAUGGCUCCGUGCCUGGAGGGUGAGCUCUGCAGCCUCCUGUUCAACCGAUCCGGAUGGACCUGCACCAAAGGCAGCGGUCGCAUCAAGACCGUCACGCCUUUGCCCAAGGAGCCGUCGUAGGCAGCAGGGAACACAGCAGGCUCAGUGACGUCCAUAUCUCCAAAAGGAACUGAUGCCAGUUACUGCAACCCAACAUUGUGCCCAUUCACCAACAAGCCUCCGAAACUUUACAACCGGCCUGAACUUCAGUUUUAAUAAAAAAAAAAACAUAUUAUAUAUAUAUAUGAAUAUAUGUAAAUGAAAGUCAGCCCAGGCUUCACCAAUUACCACAGAGUCCGAAAAAAACUUUUAAAAAAAUUUGCCAAAAUUGGAGAACGUGAGCAGCAUGGUCCACCAUCAUUUACGAGUUCCCACUGCAGUCAAAUUAAUGGCCACUGUAGAAUAAAACCCCUGCAAAGAUCUUUUUCUCUUUUUUUCCAACUUUUUUUACCCUCUCUUUUCUGGCCACCAUCCAUCCUACUGGGGACAACGACUUGAUUUUUUGUGUGUGUGUUCUUUGUGGUUUGAUUUAGACUUUGUGAAAAAGUCUUUGAAAACUCAGCUUCUUCGCUUUUAUCACCAUGAAACUGCCCAAGGUUACAUUUCGGCCAAGUUUCUUUGUAAGAGCCUUCAUUGUUGAAAUCAGACUCUAAUGUCCGCUGGAUUCUGGCCUUUCACACACAAUUCUCUCUCCUUUGCCGGGCAAAACUUUUUAAGGCCGUGGCCUCUUAUUAUCUCUGCUCUCAAAGUUUGGAUUAUCCCGAUGUGGAAAAAGCAUGGAAGACAGUCUGAGCGUCAAAGAAGAGACAAUUAAAAUGAAAAGAUUUCUUUGCCUCUGUGAGUGAAGGACGUUGUGGUGAAAUGUUUCGGACGACUUCGCUUAUAUCUCAUGUUUUAUUUUAAGUGUGGUGCCAACGUAGACUAGAAAAGUCGUACCUGAGCCUCUCACAUCUCGAACACCUCACCGGGAGCAUUUAGCACAUGUACCACUGGCUCAGUGUGUGUGUGUGUGUGUGUGUGGUGUGGUGUGGUGUGUGUGUGUGUGUGUGUGUGUCCGUGUGGGAGAGAGAACAUGCAGAGUUACACUGUGAAAAAGUCAUAUCCGAUGCAUCAAUCAUACUCUUGUAUAUCUUUUAAACUUGUCACAAUCAGAUAUUUCACCUGGAAAGAAGCAUUUGUGAUUUUACAAGUGUUGGAUUUUAUUUGUAUCUUUGUAGAUGAAUCCUUUCCUGUUUUUCUUUCUCAUCCUUACUUUAACACUAUAGCCAUAUUUAUUUUGGGGGGGAGAAUACUAUUAAAACUGGGUACAGCUCUAAAGUAUGUCAUAUAAGUUAAAUUCUGUAAUUGAAAAAACAAAUGUAUGUGUGAUUAAAAUGUAGUUCAGAAUCCUUGACUAAACUGUUAAAUAUUUUGAUAUGAAAUGUUUUGGUGUGGAUCCAAUUAAAGACAAAAAGAGUUUAAAGAAAAUACAAGUAGCACAACAGUGAGACAAGAGGGCAGAGUAAAAAAAACAACGCUAUGAUUUCACACAAAAAAACACUAAAUAAAA